AUGUCAUACCGAGCAUACCCAGACGAUGCCCCUCGCGAGUCGGGCGGCCGUCGUAAGAAGCUGGCUGGUUACCUGAAGGCCGCGAACGAUCUGAGACAGUCCUACGCUUCAUCAUGGUCUCAAUCCAGAGACUUUGCUCAAGACAGCGAAGAGCAGCCUGGCAUCUUUCCUGGUGCCGAUGUCGUCCGCAGUGGCCAAGAGGAGAUGAUCAUCUUUCCCAGUUACGCCACAAAGCACAUUCGAGCAAAACCCCGCGCCCAACCAGGCACAAUCCAGCAGGCUGGCGGCACCGGUCGAGACUACAGAGAUACGGUAGGCGCUGGAGACGCCGAAUUCUGGAAGUCACAAUGGGAAGAGUACGAACAAGACAAGGCAAUCGUCGACGUCGACGUGCGCGGCUGGCUAUACACUCCGCACCAGGGUCAACUCAGUCGCAAGCAUCGUCUCAUGGUCGGUCUCGCGAGACAGCUCGUCGGCAUCCAGGCUCCCUCGGGCAGAUCAAGUUCUGCCAACAGUCGCGCCAGCAGUCGCUCGUCCAGCCCUGUCGGUCACAGAAAUUCAACGACCAGACAAGAGGAGGAGGCAAUUCAACAACAAGCAGCCGAGAUCCUCAAGAAGGGCGAGAAGGAGGCCGAGAUUGCCGGAAGAGGCGGCUUCAGCGAGCGUCCCAGUCGCUAUGCCGAAAGUACUCGCUCUCGAGAGCCCUCGCCUGCUCCGAGCGCGAAAGAAGGUCCCACGUUCGACGACUUCCUCACCCCUUCACGGUCCAAUACUGCAGGAUCCGACUUUAUAGAUCCUGUGCAGAAGCGCUCAUCAUGGCCCACUCCAGCCACCAUGUCGUCUGAGCAACUCCUCCAAGCGAACAACCAUCUUAUGGCUCGUCUGAGACCUUUCAUGGCCAACCCUCUGGCCAACGCUUCCGUGAGCGCCUUCUUUUAUAACGACAAGAUCUCCCGUCAGAGGACUGUACAAACAAACGCUGCUGGCCACUUCCAUCUGCGUGCCGCUCUCGAUUUUGUACCCACCCACGUGCGUAUCCUCGCAUCUGAGGAUCUGUCUGCUACCGAAGAAGUCAAAGUGACUCCCGUCAGAGGUGUCAGCUUGAUCAGUGAUAUUGAUGACACCAUCAAGCACAGUGCCAUCACCAGUGGUGCGAGAGAAAUCUUCCGCAAUGCUUUCAUCCGUGAUCUUGGUGACUUGACCAUCGAGGGCGUCAGACAAUGGUAUUGCAAGCUUUCCGACAUGGGCGUGCAGAUGCACUACGUCUCCAACUCACCUUGGCAACUCUAUCCUGUCAUUACUGGUUUCUUCAAGGCUGCUGGUCUACCACUCGGAUCUUUCCAUCUGAAGCAAUACAGCGGCAUGCUCCAGGGUAUCUUUGAGCCGGUUGCUGAACGUAAGAAAGCUACCCUUGACCGUCUGUUCCGUGACUUUCCAGAGCGCAAGUUUGUUUUGGUCGGUGACAGCGGUGAGGCAGACUUGGAGGUCUACACUGACGUCGUUUUGGAGUACCCUGGCCGUGUGGUUGCCAUUUUCAUCCGUGAUGUCACGUCGAAACCUGACAAAGGCUUCUUUGACCCAUCCAUGGGACCUCUCAGUGGCUCCAAAGGUCAUAAUCACCCUCCUGCGCCACAAGCAUCGCAACUCGAAGACAACCUCAUCGACUUUAGUGAUGACGAGGGCACCUCUCCAUUAUCGAAUGAGCCCCAGAAGUCCCAAAAGAGAGCCUACAGCACAUCACUUGCCAGAAGACCGGCUAUUCGCUCUGCUCACACUGAUGCUCCCGCUAAGCGCGCUACCCCUCCACCUCCCCCAAAACCUCUUGCCUUGCGUUCGCCCUCAGGAGAAGGCAAAAACUUUGCGACUGUAGCUCCAGAAAAGUCUGCAGCACCAGUACCACCGAAACCGCGCAAACCCAGCACCACUGUCAAUACCACAAACGUGCCCUCGCCACUCUCUCAAGUAAUUGAACCCUCACCCGCAACCACCGCACCACCUCCGCUACCAAAACGUCACUACCUGGCCUCUGCAAAGUCAAAAUUAUCCCCCACAACCGCUUACUUUUCGUCCACCAAACGUAGUCCCACUUGGGGAUCAGAAAGCAGCGGUACAUCCACCCCCGGCGAAUCACGUACUUUGACCUCCUCAGCAGCCACACGCUCAAUGGAAAAUUUGCGUGGUCCCCCGGCCGCCCCUUCUACUACUCAAACCUCACUCACAACCACACGACCCAAACCCCCACCUCCCCGCCGCAACAUCUCCCACUACCCCGCCGCAGCCGCCUCUUACGCCACCAACCGUCUCAGCGGCGCCUGGAACGACUCUUCCUUCCACGAACCCCUUGAUCCUGAAGGCGGACCCAUCCUCAGCAAAAAAGAAGAGUUGUGGAAAAGGCGAUGGGCUAAAGCGAAAAGCAUCAUGGAGAGAGAGGGUGUGGUGUUGAGGACGUGGAGAGUAGGGAGUGAUGUUAUGGAUGUUUGUGUUGAGGCUGUGAGGCAAGAGUUGGUCGAGAUGGAGAAGAAGGAUAGACGGGAUUUGGAAAUGCAGAAGUUGAAGGAUGCAGAGAAAGAUGCCAAGAGUGGGAAGACGAAGGAGGGGAAGUUGAUCUGA